UUUUGUUUCAGCUACAAACUCCGUGAGUUCCAAUCUCUGAGGGCCUUGAGAGACGGCCGGCCAUUGCCGUUCCGCACCGCGCCCCGCCAUGGCGGAGACGCAGAAGCCAACAGCACAGGAGCUCAGGGACAAGGACAAGAGAGAACGAGAUGAGCUCCAUGAACGGAUCAUGGAGAAGGAGCGCCAGAGCAAGAAGCGCGUGGCCAGCAGCUCCGCUGGCGACACAGAAGGUCCGGGGCGUUCUUUCGAGUUCAGCAACGAGGAGGAGCGGCGCGAAGCCAUCGACCACAUCCGGCUGAUGGCCCGGCGGAAAUACCUGGGUGAGCGUGAGGUGAAGAUCUCCGAUCUCCGCGGCAGGCAAGUCUCAGACGCCGAGUGGCUCAUGAAGGGCGAGAAGCUUUCGGAGGCUGAGCAACAGUACCUGAAGCUGGAACGAGAUCUUUACGAUGUCACCAAGCAGAGGAUGGAGGAGCGAGGUCUUGAACGGCCGGUGGGCUACAACAUGCCCGACGUCUACGACGACGAUGACCAGAAAGGACAGAAUAAGCGCUUCGCGGUCCUGGAGCAAAGAUACCAGCAGACCUACGAUGAGAAGUGGGAGAAGAACGAGGAGCAACGCUUGGAGGAUGCGACCGUCUCCAAGGCCGUGACCAAAUACGGCGCCCAGAAAGGGAGAAAAGAAAACAAGGAGAAGACACAGUACGACCUCAUUCUCGAGGAUGCGGUGGAGUUUGGAGAGGCGGAGGUCGUUGGAGGCAACUUCAAGGCGCCGACGCUGGAGGAGGGUCCCAAGGCGGAGUCCAGUGAUGAGGACGAGAAGGACAUGAACGUGCCAAAAGCGAUUCGGGACGAGAGGGUCUUCAAGAAGCUGAAGAAGGAGGCGGAUAACCUGCAGAAAGACCGGAAGUCCCUACCGGUUUAUUUGUACAAGGCGCCACUUCUGGAAGCCGUGCGAGACUACCAGGUGUUGAUCAUCGUGGGCGAAACCGGCUCCGGAAAGACGACCCAGAUCCCGCAGUAUUUGCAUGAAGUGGGCUACUCCAAGAUCGGCAAGAUCGGGUGUACUCAGCCUCGGCGUGUGGCUGCCAUGUCCGUGGCCGCACGCGUGGCGAAAGAGUAUGGCUGCAAGGUCGGCCAUGAGGUUGGCUACAACAUCCGUUUCGAGGAUUGUACCACAGACCGCACCAUCAUUGAAUACAUGACCGAUGGAAUGCUCCUGCGGAGUUUCUUGAACGAGCCUGACAUGGCGUCCUAUUCGGUCAUGAUGAUCGAUGAAGCGCACGAACGGACGCUCCACACAGACGUGCUCUUCGGAUUAGUGAAGGAUGUGGCCCGCUUUCGGCAAGACUUGAAGCUGAUCAUCUCAUCGGCCACCUUGGACGCAGAGAAGUUCUCCGAAUACUUUGACAAUGCACCGAUCUUCAACGUCCCGGGCCGCCGAUUCCCUGUGAGCAUCCACUACACCAAGGCGCCUGAGGCCAACUACUUGGACGCCUGCGUCAUCACGGUGCUUCAGAUUCACCUGACUCAAGGGCCUGGCGAUGUCUUGGUCUUCUUCACGGGCCAACAGGAGAUUGAAGAGGCCAUGGACCUCUUGAGCUUCAAGACGCGAGGCAUGGGAACCACCAUGGGUGAACUUUUGGUGCUGCCCAUCUAUGCCAACCUGCCCACUGACAUGCAGGCGAAGAUCUUCGAAGCCACUCCACCGGGCGCGCGGAAGGUGGUCUUGGCCACGAACAUCGCAGAAACCUCCAUCACCAUCGACAACAUCGUGUUUGUCAUCGAUCCAGGCUUCUGCAAGCAGAACUCCUUCAACCCUCGAACUGGCAUGGAGUCUUUGAUCGUGGUGCCCUGCUCCAAGGCCUCCGCCAACCAGCGCGCUGGGCGCGCGGGCCGCGUGAAGCCGGGAAAAUGCUUUCGGCUCUUCACCAAGUGGUCCUAUGAACAUGAGCUGGACGACGACAACGCGCCAGAGAUCCAGCGAUCGAAUUUGGGACACGUGGUGUUGAUGUUGAAGUCCAUCGGCAUCGACGAUUUGCUGCACUUCGAUUUCAUGGACCCUCCGCCCCCCGAGACCUUGAUCAAGGCCUUGGAGCAGCUCUAUGCGCUCAGUGCCUUGAACGACCAGGGCGAUCUCACCAAGCUCGGUCGCCGAAUGGCGGAGUUCCCCAUGGAUCCGCAACAGUCCAAGUCUUUGAUCCAGGCUGACAAGUACAAGUGCGUCGACGAAGUGGUCACCAUUUGCAGCAUGCUUGGUGUGGAUGGUGCGAUCUUCUACCGGCCCAAGGACAAAGGUUUGCACGCGGACAAUGCGCGCAAGAACUUCCAUAAGCCGGGUGGAGAUCACAUGACCAUGCUGCAUGUCUACAAGCAGUGGGAGGAGACAGGCUUCUCCUUGAACUGGUGCAUGGAGAACUACCUCCAAAACAGGUCCUUAAAGCGUGCGCGGGAUAUCCGCGAGCAGCUGGUGGACAUGCUGGAGAAGGUGGAGAUCGAACACUCGUCCAACGUGAACGACGUGGAUGGUCAAAGAAAAUCCAUCCUCUCCGGCUUCUUCUACAACACAGCUCGACUCCGAAAAGAUGGGUCUUAUGUCACUGUGAAGCAUCCUCACACUGUGGAGAUUCAUCCAACCUCCUCCUUGUUCGGCCAGCAGCCGCGAUUGGUUUGCUACCACGAGCUGGUGCUCACCACCAAAGAGUUCAUGCGUGGUUGCAUCGAAGUGAAGCCGGAGUGGCUCUUGGAGGUGGCUCCCCACUUCUACCAAUCCAAGGACCUGGAUGGCUUCAAGGGCAAAAUGCCUAAGGGCCAGGGUGCGGCCAGUGGAGGCUUCGGAGCUGCCAAAUGAGGUGACCUGCACCUCCUCCAGCAGUGUGGGGGUUCCCCCGGCCGGGUUACCCGCCCGCUUAGCAGCGGGCGAAGAACGCGUUCGGGCGAAAA